CGUUAUGCUCUAUGUCUCAUGCAUGAAUUCGGAUGCUCGGACACCUACUACUCCGAUGGGAGGCUGUAUCCCGGACUGAACUACACUGUACUGCAUUUUUGCGUCGCACGCCACUGUCAAGACAGCGUCGUCCUCCGGCCUUUGCGAUGGCCGGCAUGGCAACUGAGUUCACCGGUCGUCUCCAUCACAAACGUGAGGAUCCGUAUGUACCACUCCGUGCUGAUAUGCUUACCAGGAGGCGCGGCUCUGGGACAAAGAUGAAUCUUAUCCUUGGCCGCAAAAUCUCGCCGUGACGGUUACUGAAACAGAAGGGCGGUGAGCAAUGGACUGGCAAGUUGUCUGCCAACGAUUCGCUUUCUUACUGCUUGUCAUUCUCUCAAUGCAGAAAAGCACAUCGUACUCCCUGAUUAAAUCCCCAAUACUGUGCUUGCUUUGAACCUGUUGACCACCAAACAGACUGAGCGCACAGCCCAACAGACCAUGCUAGGCCCGUCUCCAGGAUCGACUCCACUGCCUCUCUGCACCGACCCUUGGCAUCAUUUCAUCACAUUCAGUCGUUUCCGGGCGAGGUAUCGUCUAUCAGGCACGGAGUUGGAAGGUCUCAUCAUGCCAGCAACCUCUGAAUGCCAGAACAUUGUGCCUGACGCCGUUGUCUGUCCUAAUUUUCCGCGGGGCGAUGCGAGCAGGCAAACUUCGCCACAAAAUGCGGCAAGCGCGACUGUACAUAUAAUCGCCAAGGCAAAACCCUUUGUGCUGCAGCUCUGGAAGCCCUCUCUACCUUGUCCUGCUAUCUGUAACGCCCCUUCACUCUCGAAGAUGUCCCUGUGCCCUGCAACGACCACUCUGGACCAGCUCCCCCACAGAGAUGUCGUCCAUCUCGCGGAUAUUCAAACCCGCCCACAUAUCCUCUCUGUAUGGGAACGAUACCGUCAUCGCCAAGCACACUAGUGUUGAUUCUGCCCUUGGCUACGUCACCGGGAACAUCAUCGGAGAGCCGAUUUCGUCUCUUCUGCAGAUCGGAUUUGCGUACACCCUUGGGAUCCUGUUUGCCCUCGUCACAUGUGCAUCUACUUCCGGUGGUCACUUCCAUCCUGGGUUCACAAUCAGCCAAGUCUUAUAUCGUGGCUUCCCAGUCAAGAAGGUGUGCAGAUACAUAGUAGCCCAAAUUUCUGGCGGCUUCAUCGCUGCCCUCCUCGUCUAUGUGCAGUGGCGUGUGAACAUUAAAGCAACAGAAGCGGCGCUUAUCGCUAACGGCAAGUUCGACUCUCUCAUGUUCACGCCAUCAGGCGUUGCGGGUGCCUUUGCGCUCUACGCGCCGCCAGGGUCAAACCUCGGUCAGGUCCUCUUGAACGAGUUCGUUGCCGAUUUCGUGAUCGGCCUUGUCAUCUGGGCUUGCUUGGACCCGACCAAUUUCCUAGUUCCGCCCGCUGCCGGCCCCUGGGUUAUAGCAUUAGCAUACUCGAUGAUAAUUUGGGGCUACUCUCCCGUUGGCGUGUCGGCCAACACUGCGCGCGACCUCGGCGGUCGCUUUGCCGCCUUGGUCAUCUGGGGCACGCCCGCAGCAGGUGGCCCAUAUGCUGCGAUUUCCGCGCUCACGAACAUUCCUGCGACGCUGAUAGCUGGGGCCGUCUACGAAUUUGUCCUCGCAGACUCGUCUCGAGUUAUUGCGCCGUCGCAAAUGGACUACAUUAUCAGUCACCUCGCGCACGCAAACCACAGCAGUAUCGGCGCAUCCACGCGCGCGCCCGAGCCCGAGCCCGAGAGGUCGUCAUCGUUUGCACCAAGCAGAUCGCCGUCGCUGGCAUUCAAGACCGGCCAGAAAACCAAGGUAGAGGUCAUCGAACAAGUGUGAUGCCCUUCUUUAUUUCGUUUCGGGCCCAAAAGCUAGAUUGUUGAGAUUGCUGGGAUGAUUGAUUAUGUGAACUUCACGACCCCGCCAUAAUG